CGCUUACAAACAUUCCACUUUUGCAGAGCACGAGGUGGAAGCAGAAGUUGGCACUCCCAGCCCACUCAUGCCGGCGGGAUACACAGACAUGCCGUCCAGCCUGCUGAGCCCCUUCCCGGAGCUGGACACGGAUCUGUCUAAGAGUUUUGUAUCCCUGCUGGCAGGGGUGAACGUAAAAGGUCCCCAUGAGGAGCAGCCAAACAUCCACUCCUCCUGUCCAGUAAACCUCAACGACAGCACGAAUGGCAAAGAGAACUUAUUGGAUUCCACUGCUUGGCCUCUACAAAGUCCAUGGAACCGCGAUUCGGAGCUGCCCCCUUCAAAUCCGCUACGUCACAUUCCCUUCCAAGCGGAGCGCUCUGUCAGCAUGAUUGAGGAGAGUAAAAAGUCUCCUGUCACCUCCAGAUCGUCGUCUUCCCGCUACAAGACUGAGCUGUGCCGCACGUUCCACGAGAGCGGCUCUUGCAAGUACGGCUCGAAGUGUCAGUUUGCACAUGGAACAGGGGAGCUCAGGGGCCUGAACCGACAUCCCAAGUACAAGACGGAGUUGUGCAGAACUUAUCACACCAUCGGAUUCUGUCCCUACGGCUCCCGCUGUCACUUUAUCCACAAUGCCGAGGAACAGAGAUUCAGCUGUGGUGUUAGGGGGCAACGCCCGCCUCUUCUGAGACACAGUAUUAGCUGCUCGGGGAUACCCUCUUCUUCAUCCUCCUCUUCACUCUCCCUUUUCUCCUCUUCCCUUGCUUCUUCACUCGCUUCGCUGUCUCCUUUCUCUCCUUCCAGCCCAGUGACUCCCACAUCCAAUCCUUUUGCCAGUGUUGGUCCUCCUUCGCCCAUCUCCCCUCCUGUCACCCUAGGCCUGACCUUAUAUAGGCCAUCGUCUCCUCCUCGCCCACCUAUGCAGAACCCAGUGAUUGGCAGUCUGCAACUCCAGCUUUCUCCUUGGAAGCGAGGGGAUGCUAAGGUAGCCGAAAGAUGGGAUUCCUCGUCCCAGCCGGAGGGUGAGGAAGAAUCCUUCUCUGCCUGUGGGAACUCUCUGGAAGCAAAGCGUCUCCCGAUAUUCAGCUUUCUUGCAGACUGAGAUCCCCUAUCUGUUGCUCUUGCCACCCCACGCUGCUUUGUGCUUGGCUACCUGAUUGACUGUCUGCAGGUAUUGAGUACUUUGGCUGGAGCAGCAGUUACAAGCCUGUUGCGGCAUAUUAAUGAUUUGUAGUAAUAUAUCAUAUUUGUUUUCCUUUGUGGGACUCUACAAACCCUGUUUCCUAACUUAUUACUGCCCUAUACUAAUUGGGGUCUGAUUCUCCCAACUUGUUUCUUAACUUCUAAGUGUAAUAUUAAAUCUGUGCCAUGGGUUGUUACUGUACAGUACCUGUGUGUACAAUAGAAUUAAGGGGUCUAUUUACUAAGACUUGGAUGGAGAUAAAGGGGGACAUUUACUAAGCAGUGAUAAGGGUGGAGAAGUGCCCAUGGCAACCAAUCAGCACUGAAGUAACAUCUAUAAUUUGCAUACUAUAAAAUUACCAAAAUUAGAUCUGCUGAUUGGUUGAUGGGGCAACUUCUACACUGGCUCACUUCUCCGCUCUUAUCACUGCUUAGUAAAUGUCCCCCGUAGUACCAGCCAAUCGGCUCCUAACUGACCUUUUUCAAACCCAGCCUGUAAAAUGUCAGUUAGGAGCUGAUUGGCUGGUAAUUUAUCUCCGGCGACUUUAUCUCCGUCCAAGGCUUAGUAAAUAGAACCCCCAAGUUUUGUAAAUGACUGCAGAAGUCUGCAUUGAAGCUAGUGUGAUUGUGCACCAUUUGCAAGCUAAAAGAUGCGUUCUGUAGGUAUUGCAGACUGCCAGUAUUUCCUGUGGUCCAUCUGAAUCUAGUUUACAAGUUUGAAGGUCGUAAUUCCUUUAGUCGUUGCACAUAUAUUAACCCAACCAGUGCCAAGCCACACUGCCGUUCGAAGCAUAAAAAAAAAAAAAAAAAAAAAAAGCUCCAAUGAAUGGGGCUUACUAAAUAUUCUAUUUUAUUAACGCCUUUUACGGCGUCUGAAAGCUUAACGUGACCUGUAUUUUUAUAUCCUUUUUAUAUAAUUCCAUAGUUGAGCAGUUUUUGUACUAGAUUUCUUUCUGCCUUGAUUAUAGAAUUGUACAUUACAAAGUUUGAUUUGAUUAAGAGCAGAUGUCUGGCUAGAACCCUUGUGAUACAGAGAACUAUUUUUCUAUGACAAUUUUUUUCAUGUUCUAACUAAUCUUUUACAUUGCUGGGUGCUUCAGAUGGCUUGGCAUGCUCUAGGGAUAUAAGUAGACCAUUAUAUUAUGUACUCCUAAGUAUUCUCCCGUUUGGGAUCGAUUUGUUAUUUUGUGGAACGGUUAUUGAACCCUACGUUUAGGAGACCAUCCCUGUAUGCGGCCAGUGAUCGGUUUGGCGUCUGCAUUUGGGGUUUGGACCUCCUACUUGCACUGUUGAUUACCUGAUCCCUUCCGGGGAGUGUUGUGGGCAAAAUAUUUAAGUAUCCUCUAAGAUUAUUUAGUUUACUUGGCACCUGCAUUGCUUAUGGAAGCAAGGAGCCUCUGCUGUUGUUGAGCGUUCUGCUGGAGCUACAGUAUGUAUGUUUCCAGUACAGGUUGGUCCUCUGUUUUGCAGUGUCAAAGAGCAGAACCUAUUCUAGCCGUUUAUGUACCGUUAACCAAAAAAAGGUUUUUACCCAGUGGUGUUAUGUUGCAUAGUGUUUUAAUGAGGGUUUGGGGUUUUAAGCUACAGUUAUUUAACUCUAGGCAUUAGUCUGUCAAUGCAUAUGUAGACACUAUAUUAUAGUCCACAUCUUACGUCAGCGCAGUGGGUGGAACUGAAUUGAAUGGAGACGCCCACUUGCACCACUUUUAUGAUCCGUGUUGGAUGCACAGAAACAAAAGGGAGCUAAAAUGUAAUGGAGGAUCUAGUGGAUCCUAAAAUAGCGCCGUAUGUACGGAACUUAGUCAUUUGAAUGACUCUUAUAUGGGGUAACUGGAGUAAUUACCACAAGCCCGUUGUAGAAAGUACAUGCAAAAUAAUGGGGUGCAGGUACGUGCCCCCGAUAGUUAGGAACUGAACUUCUUCGGUGUAACUUUUUCUUUUCUUUUUAGGCUAUCCUGAAGUGCUUACAGACUAAUGGUCUAAGGGGGGCUGACGAUUGUGGGGGGGUUGCAUUGUGACCGAGGGCUUCUGGGAAGCUUUUCAUCCCUUCUCAAUUUCACCACAAUUGAAUGAGACCAAAUAUUAAUCUUAUUUUAAUUUAUUUGUAAAGUUGUUUUUUUUUUUUUUUGUUCUGUUUUUUUUUUUUUGCCCGUUAACCUAAAGACCUAAACAUAAAAUGUGGAAGAGAAUAAUAUAAAUCCUGAAAUGUUGCCCUGUGUUGGCAGCAAUGCAGGUUUUUUUGUGUGUUGUUUUUUUUAAACUUUAUUUUUUUUUCGUUUAAUUUAUUAUGUUGUAAACUUUUUUUUUUUUUUCCCCUGUAACAACUUUUUAAUACAACAUUAACUUAUUUGUUUCUAUUGCUACUAAUUGUGCCAUGAUCUA